CAGGUGUGCCUUGAAAUUCUGUGCAGGAAAAAAUAUAUUAAAAUUGAUUUUGAACAACUUUUAAAUUUCAUUAUAAGGGUCCAACUGACUGGUCGUGUGUUCGCGUGUGUGCCCUUUUAAAAUCCAGAGCCUCAUACAUAUAUAUUAAAAUAAAGAGAAAGAGCCUCUUGUGUGUACGAGCCUAUCUGGUGAUAAUAAGAAAAAAAGUGUUCAGUAUCUGGAUUGUUUUGUGCGAUGUGACAGCCAGUCAUUCCUAUUAAUGAAUUUAUCUACCAGUUAUUGUUAGACCUUCAGAUAUACAGACAAUUUACCGCACCACAGUAAAUUAAAAUUCUUAAUAAACAGAAUUAUAUAAAAAUUGAAAAAUACUUUUAUAGUAUAGAGUUUAAAAUGGCUUUAAUUGUACCAAAAUUAAAUGACGUCCGCGUCAAAGCACUGCAAAGUUUUACUGAAAAAUUUGGAGAGAAUGCUAAUAUUUGCGUCUGCGCACCUGGCAGAGUUAAUUUAAUCGGUGAACACACUGAUUAUAAUGAUGGAUUUGUUUUGCCGAUGGCUCUGUCAAUGGUUACUGUUAUUGCUGGAAAAGCGACAGGAAAUAAUAUUUGUAAAAUAGUCUCCAUUUGUGAUGCAGUUGGUGACAAAAAUGAAAUUGAGUUCGAUAUUAAUGACAAGACGAGCCUACAGUCAGGGGAUCCUAAAUGGGCCACUUAUGUCAAAGGUUGCAUUGAUCAGUUUCCAUUUACAGGAAUAUUACCAGGGUUUAAAGCAGUCAUUGUCUCAACUGUGCCAGUUGGAGCCGGACUUAGUAGUUCAGCAGCAUUAGAAGUCGGAACAUAUACUUUUCUAGAGGCACUUACUGGUUGUUUUACAACAAAAUUGGAGGAUAAGGCUUUAGUCUGUCAAAAUGUUGAACAUCACUUUGCUGGAGUUCCUUGUGGAAUAAUGGACCAAUUCAUAUCAGUUAUGGGAAAAGAAGGUCAUGCUCUUCUUUUAGACUGCAGAAAUCUUUCUGUAAAGCAUAUUCCAAUAGAGAAUAUUGAGGAUAACGUUUUCCUAAUAACGAAUUCAAAUUCUCCUCACAAAUUGAGUUCGAGUGCUUAUUGUGAACGAAGAGAUAGUUGUUUUGAAGCAUCUAAGUUGCUAGGAAAAAAGAGUCUUAGGGAUGCUACAUUAGUAGAUCUUGAAGUAUUGAAAUCAAAAAAUUGUCCAGAAGUAAUGAUCAAGAGAGCUCGCCAUGUAAUUACUGAAAUUCAAAGAUGCUUGGAAGCUGCUGUUGCUCUGGAAAAUGGAGAUUUAAUGAAAUUUGGAAGAUUGAUGAAUGAAAGUCACAACUCCUUAAAGGAUGACUAUGAAGUUUCUUCGCCGGAACUUGAUAUCUUAGUAUCUGCUGCAAGAGAAGUUGAGGGAGUUGUGGGAAGUCGUUUAACUGGAGCAGGCUUUGGAGGCUGCACUGUUACGCUUUUGAGAAAAGAUGCUGUUGAAAAAGCUAUUAAACAUAUUAAAAAGAAGUAUAAAAAAGCAACAUUCUACAUUUCGAAACCAUCAGCAGGUGCUAGACAAUUAGAUGCGAAGUAGAAGAGAAGUUUAUUCCGCUCAUAUAAAUUUUACAUCAAACAUAUAUUUAUAUUUUUUACUGGAUUCACUACCACCAAGGACUGGCAUUCCAAUGAAAGUAAAAUCUUGUAAGGUUUCGGAGACGAAAUCCAAUACACCCUAAUCAGAAAUUAAAUAUGUUUUUAAUUUGACCAUUUAUAAUUAAAUAAAUACGAAUAAAUAAUAAAAAUUAUCAUGUAUAAAAAUAUUUUUAAAUACAGUUAUAUAAAUCUUA